AAUUGUAUUCCCAUACGAGAUUAACUCAAGCUUGCCUCUAUAUUCUUGUUUCUGGAAAGUAAUUGGGUAUCUAUGACGACGACAGUGGACGCCACAGCCAUGAGCGGGAAGCUAGAGGCAGAGGUGGAGCUCCAUUGCUCGCCGGCGAAGUUCUAUGACAUGUUCAGGAACACAGCUCACCACGUCCCAGACCGCACCCCGACUCAUAUUAAGGCGGUGCAUGUCCACGAGGGCGAUUGGGAUUGUCAUGACACCGUCAAAUUCUGGAUCUACACCUGCGAGGGGAAGCUGGAGGUGUUCAAGGAGAGAGUGGAGUACGACGAUGCCAAGAAAACGGUGAAGCUGAAUGGGCUGGAGGGGGAUGUGAUGAAGCUGUACAAAGUUUACAACGUAAUCUAUGAAUUUGUGGCCAAGGAGGACGACAAUGGCGAGGGGAAGCCGCAGGGGGUGGCCAAACUGACGAUUGAAUACGAGAAGCUGAAACCAGAUGUGCCGCCUCCUACCAAGUACAUGAACUUCGUCACCCUCCAUGUCAAGGAGGCUGAUGCUAGCCUUGUCAAAGCCGCUUGAUUGAUCCAUCCAUCUCCGUCAUAGAUCAACUUCGCCAUAUUCAUUACUCUCUCUCUCUCUUUGUGUGUGUUUUCGAUUUCAAAUCGGAUGUAUCGACUAAGUUUGCUAAUAAUCGAUGUUGCAAAAGUAUAUGCAAAUCGUUAAUACAGAGUGUUUGUAUCGUUGUUGCUAAAGCAUGAUUCCUGGACAAUGGAUUCACGGAGUGAGGGGAUUGAUUACCAUGACACAAUUGCUUCUCUGGCCAAACUAGUUGUAGUUCAUUAUCAUGUUAUGGGCUAUCAAGGACUGGCUUUUGCAUCAAUUAAUUAGACUAUCUAAUCCUUUUCUUCACGAAGAUCUUCAUGAAAAGUAUAAAAGAUUCAGCAGAGUUUUCAUUAUGCCAGUGAUAGCAAGUGUGUUAACUUCACAAGUUUAUCUAUGGUCUCGUAAAAGUUUAAGGUAACUGGUUUCAAAAGAAUUCAACAAUCUGUUGAAAUUUUAAUCUCUUCAAACUUCAAAGUCAUACGGAGUUUACUCUUUUUAUUCAUCGUACUCCGAGUGUAUUUGUGGUGGUUUAAUUUGAAUGGAAAUACUCGAGAUUUAUCCAAUAAAUCAAGAAUUUUCUUGGUGCUUGAUCAUCGAAGACUUGGGACCCUAAAAUUCAAAACAAAAUAUUUUAUUAUUAUUAAAGAGUUUAUGUAUCAUUGAAUUGUGGUUAAUUUUCUGACCUACUUUUUUUGUUUAUAUAGAUUCAUUUACUUUUUCCAUUGGCAUAUGACGUAUCGACUAGUAAAAUUAGGAUUGUUACUAUCUAUCAAUAAAAGUUUUGAAAGACUAUUUUUCACUAUGAAUUACGUGAAAACACACUUCAAUUUUAAAAGAGUAACGAAGAUAUGAAUUAAUUUAUUUUCAAUUGAUAUAUUACGAUCACUCUCAUUAUAGUUUGGAUAAUAAAUGAAUUUAUAAAUGUUUUAGAAUAUGAAAAUAAAUCGUAUUAUAGAAA